AUGUUUCCUACUCUUCAAUUGCUCUGUUCUUUCACUUCAAGGCAACAAAGCAAACCCUUUUUAACUGUUGAAGUUGACAUGGGUUAUGCUCUGCAGCCGUCUCUCCACCUGUUGCUAACAUCGCCAUCUGUUUUUUCUCGCUUGUGUGUCAUACUAAAAGAUUUAAAACUGGCAUGUCACAUCAUUGCAGAAGUAUUUAAAGUGAACAGUGCUAACUUGGGAUCCAUUAUACCACUGACUGAUUAUCAGAGUGCAAUGGCUAGUGACUACAAUGUUACAAAACUUUAUUACAAUCAACGCAAUGAAAGUGCUGCAAAUGGACUUUCCUUGUCUAGGGAUAGAAUGAGUAUGUCAUAUCUAUCAACAGAGCUAAGCCUACAAGAAUCUCUUAUUUUGGUGGAUACUACACCAAUAACAGGAUUCGCAAUUGAUGGUGUAGAUAAGGUACUAGUAUAUGCUGAAGGACCUGCAAACAGCCAGUUUCAACGAUUAUGGCAAGCAGUUAUGCAUAUAAAAGAAAAUCAAGGUAAUGUGAUGUAUAAUAGUGAUUUAGCAUUUGAUGAUCGUCUGUACACACCAUUCCUUGUGUUUGCAUGUGGGUUCAUGGUGAUCACACUAAAAGAACGGCUUGAAGAUACCCUAUCACGUCCAAAAAUAUUUUCCGAGGGUGCAGUUCCUCUACCAGCUUGCAGGGCUCUGAAGAAACUUAAACAGCUAUUGGAAACAAGGGAGAUGAAGGAUGCUUCUCAGGGCCAUAUGUUCCCCACAGUAAAUGAAUUGCUUAGUUUUGAUUUGGAAUUUGGAGUGCCUACAAUGUGUUCAUAUGAAACUGAAAAUUAG